GCCCCCACCAUAUACAUCCACCAGAUCCGCCACCAUCCUCCGUCCACCUCCUCCUCCUCCUCCUCCUCCCCUCUUCGAUUCAUCGUAGAAAUGGAGUCUUCGGAUUCGGCCUCCUCCAUAGCCUCCAGACCCAAGAAGCCCUUCAGCUCCGCCUCGCGGAAGGCCCGAGCUCGCGACGGCGGCGCCGCCGCUACAGCCGACGUCGUCGGCCUCCUGAGCUCCAAGACCCCGGAGAAGAAGCCGCCGCCGUCGUGCCUCCCGAGCCGGGCCCGGAACCGCGGCGUCGCGCUCUCGAUCAGGGACGUGAGGCGGGUCGCCGAGAGCCUCCGCGGGUCGUCGUCGUCGUCGUCCAGCCGGGACACCCCGCCGGCGGGCCGCGAGGCCGGGUCGGCGCGGAAGCAGAUCUUCUCCGACGAGGCUACAGCUGGGAAGCCGAAGAGAUCCGCUGCUGGGCCGGCUAAGUUGCCGGAAAAGUACGAGGUGUUGGGGCAGUUUUUCGAUGGCUUGGAUAGUUCGGUCAGGCUGUUGAAAUUGAAGGGAUCGGUGACGACGUUCACGAACAUCUGCCCCAAAAUCGAGUGCUUGACCGACAGGAGGUUCACUCAUAGGCACCUAUCUCAGUUGAAGUUUAUCUUACCUGAGGCAAUUGAGAUAAAGAAGGUGCUCACGUUUGAUGAGCAAACCAGUUGCAUGAAGCCGAAUCUCAGCAUAAGUCUGAAUGCUGACACGAUUCAAAAGGACGGGAAGACGAGCUUGGACAAUAGCAAGAUCAAUUUACGAAAGCUCUUCCGUGCCCGGCUUUCAGAAUUUGCUAACUCCCAUCCUGAGGGAGAUGAAGUUCCGGAGGAACCACUUCCAGAACCUUUCAAUCACAGACAAGAUAGAAUUCAAAGUGAGAUACUGCGGUCCAAUGCCUCUUUGCCGGCAGAAGCAUCAACAGAAGAUCCUGUAGGAUUGCAACCAGCGGUAGCGUCUCAUCUGUCUGGAUCGUUUCGGAGACGCUUCUCCCAGAAGGUCGAGAGCAAUACAUCGGGGAACACUAGCCAGAUGAUGUCUGAAGUUUCACUUGGGCAUGCUUCUCUUUCAGUUCAGGAGCCACACCAGGAUGAAGUUUCUAAUGAUGAAGAAACGGAUUCUUCCGACCCACCUGAAGAUGAAUUGGCUUCACAGACGAGCAGUGAAGAAUGUUUAGCUGACUCUGCAGCUCCGGUUGUUUGUCCACCUUCAAAUAAUAUGGCCACUCCAAGAAAAGUGAUUGACCUGUUGAAGAAUGAUGAUUCUUCUCAGAAAAUCUCAAGUUUCGAAUCAACUCCCGCCAAACUUGCUUCUACUCCAGCUAGGCUAAUGGCUGCAACACCUGUAUUGCAGUCACCAAAGAGGAGUUUCAUGAGCCCUGAAGAUGAUUGUGCCAGUUCACCUCAUAAGUUAGUUAGGCGUCCACCUCGUACCCGUUCACUGAAGUUUGAUACUCCUGUUAAGGACACAUUGGUGGAGAAUGAAGCGAGGAAAAAUGACUCAGUGCCAUCUGACGAUGAUAUAUUUGAUAUUCUUCCUCAGGAUCUUCUGCAAAAGAUAAGAGAUAGAGAAAAGAAAGCGAAGGAGGAUAAAGAUCCAGCCAUCUCACGAGCGAAGCGAAGGCGAGAAAUUCUUGCCGCCCUGCCUCAACUAUUCAACAUGAUGCAUUUCUUGUUCAGGUCUACCAAGCGCUCCGUGAUAACAAGAGAGGAGCUUAUUUAUCAGAUUAUAAAAAGCCGCUUUGACAUGAUUGACAGAAGAGAAGUUGAAGAGCAACUUGAUUUGAUGAAAGAGCUGGUCCCUGAGUGGAUCUCCGAGAGGGCGGCUUCCACUGGGGAUCGCCUUUUCAGCAUCAACAAAAUGUCAGAUCCCGAUUCUAUACGGCAUCGGCUUGCCGAAGCGAAGUGACAGCGUUUGUGCUAGAUCUUCUGGAAGCUAGGAUCAGAUUUGCACCGAGAAUGCAGAAGAAAUUCUUCAUCUGUCAAUUGUAAAUGCUCAAUCUUUUUUUGCCCUCUUUGUAUGCUAGUUGCGUAUUUAGAUGUGGAUGCUGUUACUAGGGACGAGUAGCUGCGGCACCUAAUUCGUUACCUUGAUAUUAGUGAUUAAUUAUAUGAAACCUGCAUUCUUCUAGCUGGUGAAUGUGCUGGGCAAUCUGUGUAGAAGCAGUAAUUUAGGGUAGUCACCGAAUUGUAGCAUUUCGAGAUGUGAUCGAACUUUUGAGCCAUUUUUGCGGUGGCAUUGUACAUUUAAGAAUGCAAUCCUGAUGAACAAUGACAUUGCAGAAGGA